AUGGAUCGUCAAUCAACAACAUUUAUAUUAAUGAAAAUAAUUCGAGAUUUAAAUUUCAAUACAAAUAUUGAGGCUCGUGAACAACUACUACGUUUUGUUCAAGAUCGUUUUCAACGUUCAAAUACCGCUAUUGAACGUUGUAUAAAUUCUUCUACAACAGAUUUAGGAGAAUUAAUAACAAAUUUUUCUGAUAUUUAUAAUUGUAUACAACAGUCAAAAAAUCGUAUAGAAAAUGUUCGUAAAUCUUUACGUGAAUGUAAAAAUUUAUUAUUAUUAAAACGACAAGAUAUUCGUAAAUUAUGGUUAUUAACAUUAGAACAAAAUACAUUAGAUCGAAUGUAUUUAAAUGUAUAUGAAUUAAAACAUGUUCCAUCACGUUUACAAUUUUAUUUAAAUAAACGUUUAUAUAUUCAUGCAUCAUUACUUUUAUUAAAAGCAAAAGAAUAUCAAGAAUUACGUUUAAUUAAUGCAUUAUCUAAUAUUGAUUUACAAAUAAAAGAUGAACGUUUAACAUUAGAAGAUCAAUUACGUUUUGAAUUAAUUUAUCAAUUAUUUGAUAAACCAUCUCGUGAUGUUCUUGGAAAUAAAAAUUUAUCAACAACAAUAAAUAAACAUGAUCAAAGUUCUGUAUCACGUUUAAGAGAAAAUCGUUUAUUAAGAAAACAACUUGAUCAAGAAUUUGAAGAAGGAAAAUUAUCAUUUGAAUCUCAUUCAUUAGCCAUCAUACCAGAUCAAUAUAUGUUAGUCGAUAUACGUAAUCAACCAUCAAAUAUAUAUUUAGAUGUUUUAUUACAAUCCUUAUCAGUUUUAUCAAAUUUAAAUGAAACACUUGAUUUCGUACAAAAACAAUUUCCUGAACAAUUAUAUCGUAUUAUUUUACAUACAACACAACAUAUUAUUGAUAAUAAUUUAAUUGUAUCAAAUAAUUUAAAUCAAAAUUUAAUUCUUAAUAAUGCUGAUUGUUUAAGAGAUUUAUUAGAAACAACUUAUGAACAAUUUAAAGUUGUUGUCAAAAAUACGGAAUAUUUAAUAAAUAUAUUAAAAUUAUUACAAGAACAUCAAGCACCUAUGCAAAUUCAACAACAAGUAUAUCUUGCAAGUCUAAAACAAACCGAUCCAAAAUUAGAAGACCAUAAAUCAAUUCCAAGUGAAAUAAAAUUUGAAAUUCCUUAUAUAUUUUCUAUUGAAUUUGUUUGGGAAACUAUUCAACAAGUACUUAGUGAUGUUUUAAGUGAAUAUAUUGAUUUUGAUAAUGUACUUGAACCAUUAUCAUCUGAUUCUUCAUCAACAUUACAUUCAACUGAUUAUACAGAUCGUCCAUCAUUAAUUGAUUUUUCACAUUAUUUAACAAAAAAAGCUCCAGCACGUUCACAGCAUAUUCCACGACUUUUUGAAUUUUCUCAAUCUGCUCAAUUUAAUUCCAUGACAUUAUAUUUACAAGAACAAAAUUGUUUUGCUAUGAAACAAGAAACAUCAACAACAAAACAACGUACUACUACAUAUAAACAAUAUGUAUGUAAACCAAAUUAUCGAAAUAUUACAGCUGUACAUGAUAUUCUUCAAAGAAUUAUUGAAGAUAUUGAUACGAAUUAUACAUUACAUCCAACUAAACGUAUUCUUGACAGAAAAUUAACUACAUUUAUUCGUGAUCGUUUUAUUGGUCGUGUUAUAAAAGAUAUUCGUGAAUCUGCUCAAUUAUCAUCAUCAUCAUCAAUAACUGAUCGUAAUCGUCUAAUUGAAUUAAUUCCAUCUGUAUUACAAAAACAACUUGAAUUAUCAAUACCAAUUCUUCAAUCAACAUAUUUAAUCUUUAAAUCUUGUGAAGAAUUAUGUGCAUUAGUUAAAUUUCUUCCAACAUAUGCAGAUGAUUUUUGUCAAGCAAUUGUUGAUCUUUUAUUUAAAAAUCGUGAAUCAUGUUAUAAAUUAUUUUUAUCAAUUGUUGAAAAAAAUGAUGCACUUGGAGUAUCAAUUUAUUCAAAUGAAUGGGUUAAAGAUCCAGAUAUAAAUCGUCAUUUACGUACAAUGCCUGCAUUUGAUGCAUUUAUACGUAUGACAAAACAAGAACAUCCAAUAAAUAAUGAUAAUCAAGAUGAUACUGUUGAAAAUAUACGUUUUAGACAAACAAAAGAAACGGAAACAUUAUUAAUUAAUUUUAGUCAAAAUGAGAUGAAUAUUGAUGAUAUUUGUACUAAUUAUAAACAUAUUAAUGCAUUAGCAACUAUACAUGAAAGUUUAGAUUGGUUAUAUUGUAAAUUAAUAAAUUAUUUUGAUAUAUUGGAUAAAUGUUUACAUGAUACAAAAUGUCUUGAUGCAUUAACACCAACAACAGUCACACUUGGUUUUAUUUCACGUUCAAUCAAACAAAAUUCAUCUCAUUAUGAUCAAUUAAAAUUAUCACCUAUAAAUUUAGAAAUAUUUUCUAAUGCAAUGAAAACAACAUUAACAUUAGCUUAUGAUAUAUUACUUGUUUUAUUUCUUGAAAUACGUUUACAUUGUUUUUAUUAUUUAUCUUUAUUUUUUCAUGAUACAUUAAAUUAUGCCUAUGCUUUAAAUACAGAUCCAGAUGAAAAUAUAAUGACAUUAAAUCGUGAUUUAUCACAUUUACAAGAAACAUUAAAUUCUUCAUUAAAUGAAAAGAAAUUUUCAUUUUUAUUUCAAGGUCUUGGUUUUGUUUUAGCAACAAUAUUAAUACGUUCAUCACCACGUUUUAGUCGUAUAAGUGAAUUAGGUGUAACGAAAAUGUGUCGAAAUAUAUUUGCUAUUGAACAAACAUUAACACAAAUUCGAACAGCUGGUGAUGCUGAAUUAAUGCGUGCACAUCAAUAUUAUGAAUUAUUAUAUUCAAUAAAACCAGAAGAUAUUCUUAAUAUAAUUGAAGAACAUGGACAAGAAUACAGUGAACAAGAUUAUUUACAUCUAUUACAAUUGCAAUAUCGAAGUCUUUCAAGUGAUGAGAGAGAACAUUUUGAUUUGAGUAAAUAUGAACAAUUAGUAAAAACAGCUCUUAAUCCCCAAAUCAAGAACAGUAAUUAA